AUGCCCACUGACGGCGACACCAAACCUUCGAGUGAGUCUCAACAAGCCCGCCCAGGCUUGCUGGCCAAGUGUGGUAUUGUGGUCCCCACAUUCUUUGUACGUGGGAGACACACAUCUCCAGAGGAUCCAAACAGGCUGGUCAUGACAGCUGACUCACCAAAGAAGAGAAAGAGAGCGACGAGCUCGCAUCCAACACGUAAAGUGCCUUUUCAUCCUGCAGAUAUGGAGGCUCCUGAUCGGAUCCCUGAUAGCCAAAUGCAACAACAGCAAGAGGCACAGGCCUUAGCCAAGUUUGACCAAGAACUAAAGGAUGUAACAGCAUCGGAGAAAUACGGACAGCAGAGGAGCAACCUUCUUCAAGUAGAAGAAGACAACGCUUGGGAUCGGGAAGCAAAGCCGAGUGGUAACUCAACAUCUGAGGAGGAUAGGACGGAGAGAAGAGCUGCUAUCAUCAUACAGCAGAUCCGCGAGUAUGAGCGCAUCGUUACCUUUGGAAAUCUGGCCUCGGAGGCGCUCCCGGAUGUUGAGGAUCAGGACAUGGGUGGCCAAUUUCUUACUAACAAAGAACGGAUAGAUAAGCAGAGCAAGUUGUUUGAGAUAUCCAAGAUGGUACCCAAGGGGGGCCUUCUGCAUCUGCACUUCAAUGCCGAAUUACAUCCUGAAAUUCUUCUUGUACGAGCCCGAGCAAUGAAGAACAUGCAUAUCCGCAGCAUUCAGCGCAUCCAAGAUGAGGAGCAGUUGGCCACAACCGAGUUGAUCUUUAAUGUCCUAGAUCCAGACACUAUCAAUCCUAACGUUGACAUAUUUUCAAUGGAUUAUCCUCUUGUCACAACUCCCGCCGAUCUCAAAAGGGAAGAAUUUCAAAGACAAAUCUGGAUGCCAUGGGCAAAGUUUCAGGACGAGUUUGAAAAGAAAUUUCCCGGUCUGUAUCUGCGCCAAGAACCAGGGACUUUCCGCGAUGGGCAGCCGCAUCAUUGUGGAGCUGCAGUAGAUUUUGCUCUAAGGCCAGCUGAGAACUGGCUAAGGUCGAAGAUGGUACUUAGUCAAGAGGAGGCUUACCGUCCCGACCAGACUGUUAAUGGUGUCUGGGCACGAUUCAACCAAGCCACAAGGGCUUUUAAAGGGCUUCUAAACUACAAAAGCGUUUACGUAUCCUAUAUAAGCGACGCCAUUGACCGAAUGAUUGAGGAAGGGGUCAUGUAUGCUGAACUACGACCAAUGCUUUUAGACAAGUUCAUCCCUGGAGAUAGUGGAAAGCCAGAAGAUCGUCUUGAUAAUGCCGCUCAGAUGAAGCUCAUUAUUGAAGGAGUAGAGGCGAAGAAGGCCGAGCUAAGGCAAAAAGGUGAGCUUCACAAGUUCCCGUUUGGACUCAAGAUCAUCUACUGCACGCCCCGGUCAAUACCGCCUAAAAUGAUGGAGAACGAAAUGAGGGACUGUAUCAAACUUAAGAUUCAAUUUCCCAAGCUCAUCUGCGGAUUUGAUCUUGUCGGCGCCGAAGACCGUCCCAAUCACAUUGACUUUUACAGAACCCAACUCGUCGCCUUCCAGGAAACAUGCAAAGCAUUGAAUCUAGAAAUACCCUUCAUGUUCCACGCCGGCGAAACGCUCCUCGACACAGGUGGCUCCGACGAUCCCAGAAAAUCCAACCUCUAUGACGCAGUCGCUCUCAACUCGCAGCGCAUCGGCCACGGCUUCGCCCUCAUGAAGCACCCUCACUUGCUCGAGAAAUUCAGAAAAACAGAUACAAGCCCUGGAAUCUGCAUUGAGCUAUGUCCUAUUUCCAACGAACUCUUGCAUCUCUGUAGGAAUGUAAAAGAGCAUCCGUAUCCCGAGUUGCUGGCUGCAGGUAUACCUUGCACUGUCAAUUCCGAUAAUCCUUCUCUAUUCAGUAACUCCAUGUCACACGAAUUCUAUCAAGUCAUGGUCGGCGCACCAAGCAUAUCAUUGUACAGUUGGAAGCAACUCGCACGGUGGAGCAUUGAUUACAGCUGUCUGAGUGUCGAGGAAAAGAAGCAAGGGCACGGUUAUCUCAACAAGGCGUGGGUGGAAUUUUGCAAGGCUGUAGUGGACAAGUACGAUGAUCUGCUUGAUGGAGAUCGGAUUGAUGCAUUCAAGGCUGAAAAGGCGUAUCCGCCGCGGAAGAGGAAGCAUCCGGACGUUUUGAAGGCGCUUGCGGCGUGA